AUGGGGGAAGGAUUUGUGAUUUACAGUGACGCGUCGCAUAGUGGAUUGGGUUAUGUGCUGAUGCAGUAUGGUAGGGUAAUUGCUUAUGCUUCACGGCAAUUGAAGAAUUACGAGAAAAAUUACCCUACGCAUGAUUUGGAGCUAGCUGCUGUGGUCUUUGCUUUGAAGUUGUGCCGACACUCUUUGUAUGGCGAGCACUGUGAGGUUUUCAGUAAUCACAAAAGUCUCAAAUGCGUUGAGCAGGAAGUCAGUGUAGAGCUUGAGCAUGUUGAUUACUUAGCAAAGGCGUUACUUGAGGAGCUGCAGCGGUUGAGACUAGAGGUAGUGUCCCCUGGGUCUACUGCAAGACUGAUGUCUAUGGUCUUGCAACCCACUCUGUUGGACAGGAUCAGGGAGAAACAGAGUGAAGACUUUCAGUUGUUGAGGAUUCGAGAGCAGUUGGAGAGGGGACAUGCAGAGGCCUUUUCUGUGGACAGUUCGGGAGUUUUCAAUAUUGCAUACCGCUACCACGCAGAGGAGUACUGGUACCCCAGUGUAUUUUCUGGAUAG